AUGAAUUUUUAUGAAUGGAAAAAAAAGGAUGCUAGUCAUGAAUAUUGUCAAACGAAUUUGAUGCCGAGGGUACUAGAGGGUCACAGGAAUGAGACCUUCGACUCAACAAUGAUGUCUGAAAUGGGAAAACUUGGCUUUCUUGGACCUACCAUAUCAGGUUAUGGAUGUGCGGGUGUGUCUACCGUCGCAUACGGUCUACUUGCUCGUGAAGUCGAACGUGUAGAUUCAGGUUAUAGAUCUGCAAUGAGCGUGCAGUCGUCUUUAGUUAUGCAUCCCAUCAAUGAGUUCGGGAGCGAAGAACAGAAACAACGUUAUCUACCGGAGUUAGCUAGUGGUAACAUGAUUGGUUGCUUUGGGCUCACUGAACCUAGUCAUGGAUCAGAUCCUGCUGGAAUGUUGACCACAGCCAUGGAAGCGACUGACGGUAGCGGGGGCUUUGUCUUGAAUGGAAGUAAAACCUGGAUUACCAACUCGCCGAUUGCCGAUGUGUUCAUUAUUUGGGCCAAGUGUAAAUGGGAUGGCAAGAUAAGGGGAUUUAUAUUAGAGAAAGGUAUGCCCGGACUAUCGGCCCCUAAAAUCCAACAUAAGCUGGCACUACGGGCAAGCACCACAGGCUCCAUCUUUAUGGACUCGGUUCCUGUUCCUUCUGGAAAUGUACUUCCAAAAGUAACUGGCUUGAAAGGCCCAUUCUCUUGUCUCAACAGUGCAAGGCUUGGUAUAUCCUUCGGAGUGAUUGGAGCCCUGGAAGAUUGUGUCAAGAGAGCGAGAGAGUAUGCUCUGGACAGAGUGCAAUUUAAUAGGCCUUUGGCUAGUUUUCAACUUGUUCAGAAAAAGCUCGUUGAUGCUAACACCGAGGCAGUUCUUGGACUUUGCGCGUCCAUUCAACUGGGUCGAUUGAAGGACCAGGGAACAUGGUGCCCCGAAAUGGUCAGCUUAUUGAAACGGAAUAACUGCGGUAAGGCUUUGGAACACGCUCGAAUUUUGUUGGAUGUCCUGGGUGGAAAUGCAGUCUCAGAUGAGUAUCAUAUUGGUCGUAUCGCUGCUAACCUUCAAGUUGCAAACACAUAUGAAGGCACUCAUGAUAUCCAUGCAUUGAUUCUUGGUAAGGCAAUGACUGGCCUCCAAGCUUUUUCGUGA